CCAGCGCGGCGCCCAGCAGUCCAGGCCCGGACUCUAAGAAACAUCUUUAAAAACUUGUUACAAAAUGUCGAUAUGGAGACGGAAUGGCGGCUGGACGGAGAGCUGGACUGAGGUUCUGCCGGUCUGUAAAGAUAUUGAGCUGCCUCUGUGAUUCAGCCGCUGUGACUGUGGCAUUCAGCGCUGCUGAAUACUAAAAUAGACUGUGGGCCAACAUAAGCACUCUUCUCAAGAAACACACAGGCCCAGUCAGAGCUUCCACAGCUCCUCAUCACCACAGCCCUUUUGGGGUUGCUAUGGCAGCUGCUGUCACAGAAACCAAGUGCUGGACACAGGCUUGCCCCAGUGAGGCAGGACAGACCACUAGUCAUUGCCACAAGAGACCAUCAAACAGUCAACAAACAGCACUUAGCAUUAAUUCGAGCACUCUAAGUUAACAAAACGACAAGAGGUCUGUAGGCUGAUGGUCAGCUCUCUGGAAGAUCCUCAUGAGUCUUGCCUGUGUCUGCUCCGGCUCUUGGCCAGAGUCCCUGUGCAACAGCAGAGUCGGUACUGUUCCUUCUGUUAGACAAUGUUUCACCAGCAGGACCAUCUGAAGAGCCAGCUGCAGGAGAGCCACCCAGCCAGCAGGCAGCUCUUCCACUGCCAGGAGUGUGGGAAGCAGUACAACACCCAGCUGGGUUAUAGACGCCAUCUGGUGGCAGCCCACAGUGCUGCAUCGGGCCUGCCCUGUCCGGAGGGGUUGCCAUCUCUGCUGGAGCACCUGGGCAGCCAUAUUGACAGGCCUCCACCAUCAGAGGGCAACUCUAACGCUACUGUGCCAGUGAGAGAGAGGAAGUACUCGUGUGAGCGAUGCGACCGCCGAUUCUACACUCGUAAGGAUGUGCGGCGUCACGCUGUUGUGCACACUGGGCGCCGUGACUUCUUGUGCCCGCGCUGUGCACAGCGCUUUGGCCGCAGAGACCACCUCACUCGCCAUUUGAAGAAGAGCCACGCCCAGGAGUCAGGGUUGAUGCCACCCUGCACACCCAGCAGCACUCCUGUGGCGACGCCAACCCCUGCCACCCAGUGCCCAGUGAAGGAUGAACUGAGCCCUUUGGCGUCUGAUAUCGGCUCUGUCUCCAAGGAGCCCAUGGAGACUUUCUCAAGGGACAUGUACAACUCCUACCCCAUGGCCAAUCCUGUCCCUGGCAUGGGCCACCCUCAUGGCCUCAUGCAGGGUUCCUUGUCCUCAAAUAUGGGUGUGGCUCGCCACAUGCCCCCCCAAUCUUCUCACCCCCACCACCACCACCACCUGCAGCCCCCGGUGGCUGCGCAGCAGCAGCCCUACAGCAACAUGGCCAGGUACCAGCAUGGAUCUACCUCAUACCCUCGCGCUGACGUGGACAGUUUCCUGCUGGACCUGCAGAGUGCCCCCCCACCUCACCUGAGUGCAGUCAACUCCUCUACCUCUACCUCCCCUCAGAGGGAGGUGCUGGGUGAAGGCGUCGGUGCUGGCGGUGACCCCCACCUGUUGUCCAGGAGCCCCGCUAUUUCUUCAACUGAGAUGUCCUGCACCACUAACAUGGACCUCGGGCCUCUGCUGGGCUUCCUGCCUUUCAGCCUGCCAACCUACAGCCCUCACAUGGGAAUGGGAGGGUUAGUGAUGAGCUAUCCACAGUCCACCACCACCACUUCCCCUUCAUCCUCUUCCUCUGGGCUGUCCUCCCAGGCACCAGGGCCUUUCACCUUCUUCCAGCCUCCACAGGCUCAUGUACCACAAGGCCCUGGAGUCCAUAACCACAGCCAGCUACCUCAAGCAUACAGCAGUCCUGCUAUGAGCACUUCCAGCUCCCUACCUCACUACUACCAGGCCUUUCAGCAAUAA